AUGGUAAAUAUACUGCCCUUCCACAAAAAUAAUCGACAAAGCUCAACAGGAGUUGUCACCUUCACAGACGACAUUGACGGCGGUAGCGGCAGCGGCAGCGGCAGCGACGCCAAGAAAGAGGAUAACGUUGUCCAAGUAACAGAGUCACUCUCGUCCGGGUUGCGCCGCAACCAUCCUUACGACAACGAAAAAGAUGACGCUAUCCGCAUGGAAAAAAUCUCCAAGAAUCACUCCGCGUCAUCCAACGGCACGAUCCGCGAGGAUCUGAUUAUGGACGUGGAUGUGGAAAAAUCACCCUCCGUUGAAGGCGAUAACGAGCCGCACAAACUAAAACAAGGCCUGCAGUCGCGUCACGUGCAACUGAUAGCGCUGGGCGGCGCUAUUGGUACUGGUUUGUUGGUGGGGACUUCGUCCACGCUUCAUACUUGCGGCCCAGCGGGACUAUUCAUAUCGUAUAUCAUUAUUUCCGCCGUGAUCUAUCCAAUCAUGUGCGCGCUGGGCGAAAUGGUGUGCUUCUUGCCUGGUGACGGUUCUGAUAGUGCUGGAUCUACGGCUAAUUUGGUCACCAGGUACGUGGACGCGUCACUAGGGUUUGCUACCGGGUGGAAUUACUUCUACUGCUACGUGAUCCUAGUGGCCGCCGAGUGCACGGCUGCCUCUGGUGUGGUUGAAUACUGGACUACUGCGGUGCCUAAGGGGGUUUGGAUAACCAUCUUCCUGUGCGUUGUUGUGCUGCUAAACCUUUCCGCCGUCAAAGUGUACGGAGAAUCGGAAUUUUGGUUUGCGUCUAUCAAGAUCUUGUGUAUUGUUGGCCUGAUCAUUCUGUCCUUUAUCCUGUUCUGGGGUGGUGGUCCUAACCAUGAUCGUCUCGGGUUCCGCUACUGGCAACACCCAGGUGCCUUCGCGCACCAUCUCACAGGCGGAUCACUGGGUAACUUCACUGAUAUUUACACUGGGAUCAUCAAGGGCGCCUUCGCCUUCAUUCUGGGUCCGGAGCUAGUCUGUAUGACUUCCGCGGAAUGCGCGGACCAACGAAGGAAUAUCUCCAAGGCUUCACGCCGCUUUGUGUGGAGACUGAUCUUCUUCUACGUCCUGGGGACGCUGGCCAUCUCCGUCAUCGUUCCUUACAACGACCCAUCGCUGGUCAAUGCCCUGGCGCAGGGUAAACCUGGCGCCGGUUCGUCGCCCUUUGUGAUCGGGAUCCAAAAUGCCGGUAUUAAAGUUCUUCCUCAUAUUAUCAACGGGUGCAUCUUGAGCAGUGCGUGGUCAGCUGCCAACGCGUUUAUGUUCGCGAGCACGAGAUCGCUGUUGACCAUGGCACAGACGGGACAGGCGCCCAAAUGUCUGGGCAGAAUCAACAGAUGGGGUGUUCCUUACGUGGCGGUGGGCGUGUCCUUUCUGUGCUCUUGUUUGGCGUAUUUGAAUGUAUCUUCGUCUACGGCAGAUGUGUUCAAUUGGUUUUCUAACAUCAGCACCAUUUCUGGGUUCUUAGGCUGGAUGUGCGGCUGUAUCGCAUACCUCAGAUUCCGCAAGGCCAUUUUUUACAAUGGCCUUUUCGACAGGUUACCCUUUAAGACUUGGGGACAACCUUACACAGUGUGGGCCUCUCUGAUUGUUGUAGGCAUCAUCACUCUCACCAACGGUUAUGCCAUCUUCAUUCCGAAGUACUGGAAGAUUGCCGAUUUUAUCGCAGCCUACAUCACAUUGCCCAUUUUCCUGGUUCUGUGGUUCGGCCACAAGCUGUACACUCGGACUUGGAGCCAAUGGUGGCUUCCCGUGUCCGAAAUCGAUGUUACUACCGGCUUAAUCGAGAUCGAGGAAAAAUCAAGAGAAAUCGAAGAGAUGAGGCUGCCUCCUUCCAGCUUUAAAGAUAAGUUCAUGGACGCCUUGUUGUAA